AGCCCGAGGAGUUGUGCUCUUAAAGGGCCAGGCGCUCCUUUUGCGCCCUGAGCUGCUGUCUCCUCUCCCUGGGCUUCGGAGGCUUGGAAGAAGGAGCGCGUCCUGCAGCCAUGCGCCCCAUCAGAGCCCUGUCCAUGCUGUGGCAGCCUCGCCGGGGGACCCAGGGCCAGGGGGGCCAAGGAGUGGGGCCCCCCGGUGUCUCCUCCUGGACUCCGGGCAGAGAGGCGGUGGGGAAUGGCCGGCACCAUUUGCAGCAGCCGCAGCCCAUGUCUGACCAGGAUCUGUCUGCAAAUGGGAUGCUGCCCCGUCUUAGUGACCUUCUGUUCUACACAAUCGCUGAGGGACAGGAGAGCAUUUCUGUCCAUAAAUUCAUCAGUGCUUUGCAAGGCACCGGCCUUUGGACCUCAGACCCCCGCCUCCGCGACUGCAUGGAUCUGGUGUGGAAAACAGCUCAGGACUCUUGCACUGGAGGGAUGCUGAACAGAGAGCUUUUCCGGAGGUGUGUGAGCAGCAAUAUUGUCCUAUUGACCCAGGCCUUUAGGAGGAAAUUUGUCAUCCCUGACUUCCAGGAAUUCACCUCUCAUGUGGAGCAGAUUUUUGAGAAGACGAAAGGGCUCCAGGAGGGCAAGGUUGCAAAUUACAUCCCACAGCUGGCCAAAUGUAAUCCAGACAUCUGGGGCAUUUCACUUUGCACAGUAGAUGGACAACGGUAUUCCAUGGGCCACACCAAGACCCCCUUCUGCUUGCAGUCAUGUGUUAAACCCCUGAAAUAUGCAGUUGCUGUUAACGAACUGGGUACUAAACCAGUGCAUCAGUAUGUGGGCAAAGAACCCAGUGGGCGGCGCUACGACACACUCUCUCUCAAUGAGGAAGGGAUUCCCCAUAACCCCAUGGUGAACGCAGGGGCCAUUGUCAUCAGUUCUCUCCUUAAGAUGGGCUGCAACAAAGCUGAGAAAUUUGACUAUGUAGUGGAUUAUUUGAAGAAACUGGCAGGAAAUGAGUAUGUUGGAUUCUGCAAUACCACGUUUCAAUCAGAGAAAGAAACAGGAGACCGAAAUUAUGCCAUUGGAUAUUACCUGAAAGAAAAAAAGUGUUUUCCACGAGAGGUAGACAUGAUGGGAGCCCUUGACUUGUACUUCCAGUUGUGUUCUGUGGAAGUGACCUGUGAGUCUGGUAGUGUCAUGGCAGCCACACUGGCCAACGGCGGGAUCUGUCCUAUCACAGGCGAGUGUGUCCUGAAUGAUGAAGCUGUCCGCAACACCCUCAGCCUCAUGCACUCAUGUGGCAUGUACGACUUUUCAGGGCAGUUUGCCUUCCAUGUAGGCCUUCCUGCCAAGUCUGCAGUCUCCGGGGCCAUCCUGCUGGUGGUGCCCAAUGUCAUGGGUGUGAUGUGUCACUCACCACCUCUGGAUAAAGGUGGAAACAGCACUCGAGGGAUUGGAUUUUGUCAGGAGCUGGUAUCACUCUUCAACUUCCACAACUAUGACAAUUUGCAGCACUGUACUCGCAAGAUGGACCCACGCCGUGAAGGAGAUGAAGUGAGGAACAAGACUGUUGUAAACUUGCUCUUUGCUGCCUACAGUGGAGAUCUCUCUGCCCUUCGGAGAUUUGCUCUGUCAGCCAUGAACAUGGAGCAGAAAGACUAUGAUUCCCGCACAGCUCUACAUGUAGCUGCAGCCGAAGGGCAUCUAGAGGUCGUGAAGUUUCUGGUGGAGGCCUGCCGAGUCAAUCCCUUUGUCAAAGACAGGUGGGGAAACAUAGCCUUGGAUGAUGCUAUCCAGUUUAAUCAUUUGGAGGUGGUAAAGCUGCUCAAGGAUUACCAGGACACAUACAUCUUGGGAACCAGACAAGCUGAAGAAGCAGCUGAAGAUCUCUCCAAAGAGAACUUAGAAAGUAUGGUAUGAGAUUGGUCUGCACAUGCAAAUAAGCGCUGCUACCUAGGCUGGAAGCAUUUAAGGGCCAAGACAGAAGGGAGAAGAUGUCUAUACGGUUUUCUUUCUCCUUCAAUGUUGGCACAAAAAAGCAAGUGGGACCACACUGAGGUCUUUGACCUUUCCCCUUACGUCAGGUGUUGGAGAAAGGUAAAGCAGACUGUGAAAUUUGUAAUACAUCACUGUGACCAAAGAAUUGUUCAGCAGCUGCAACAACAAAAUGAGCUCUUCCAUUCUACAUUUUAUUGUUAAAAUUAAAAAAAAUGUGGGAUAACUAGGAGUGAAUAUUUAUGUGGAAAGAAUAUAGGCUGUUUUAGUACUUUAGACAGAUUUAUGGGCUAAAUAUUCUUGCAGCUGUUUAUUUUGCAGAAGACUCCAAUUGGAGAACUUGAAUUUUUAGUUUAAAAAGCAAGCACUACCACCGAUCUUGCACUUUUAUUAACUUUCCUAUGGCAUUUUUGCCAUGGAAGCUCUCCCUUUUCUUGAUAUAUAACACAUAGCUAUUUGACUCAUUUGAGAACAUAUAUGAAUCUGUUCCCUUGGAAGAUUUUUCAACUGCUCCUGAAAAAAAAUGUAAUAAAAUUUCACUAGAUAUUCUCUGAAUAUGCUUUCUGGAUAGGGUUGCACUGUUUCUUUAACCUGUCUUUAAAAAUAAAAACAGCUUCCAUUCAGUAUAUAAUUGUCAGUGCAGUUUAUACAAGUUAAAUGGAAGUGCUUCAAAACACCAAGUACUGAAAAAUGCACAUUAGUGGUUGUAUUUGUGCAUCCCUCCCAAUGUUGCUGGAUUGCAUCUCCCUUCAUCUCUCCUCAUUGGUUACAGUUGCUGGAUGCGAUCAUCUAACAACAUAUAGAAAUCAGAAUAGAAUCCCAUUCCUGAUAUAUAUGGACAACUGAUUCACUUCAAGCAAUUCCAAAACAAUUGGUCUGAGUUCUGCCCUAACUUACUAUGUUAACCCAUUGGCUCAAAUAGUAACAAAUAUAAUUACAUAGUUAAAGAGGGUGAAGUGGCUACAGAACAACACUAAGUGUACAUAUUCAAAUAUUUAGGAAGUGCUCUGGCCUAGCAUAUUUACUCAGAAAUACACGCUAGAAUGGAGAAAAAGAGAAUAUAAUCUAUUUUUAUACAGAGAUGACGUCACUGCCAGACAGCAGUGUCAUCUUUUCUGAGCUUGUCUGUUUUUUUUCCCUCUUUUAAUUUUUUUUUACAUUCCAACAAUUAACAAAAUUUUAGCAAUGCAUGUCUUAUUUCAAUAUACAUAAUACCAAAAAUAACUAAUGCUUAAAUGACAUUAUAAACGAUCCUUUGGAAUGUAACCCCCCCCCCCCCCCGAACAGCAAUUCAUAUAUUAUCAUUGUAUCAUUUUAACUGUGUGGAACGCCUGAUUCAAGGUGGUGUAUCUUUUGUCUCCAUCUAUUUUGUUAAUUAGGACUGACCAUUUCCUGAACCAGUCAAAUUCUUUUAGACUAUUUGUAUAUUUUCUUUUCCUUUGAUUAAUGAAAUCAUUAAUUAUAUAUUCUGAUAUAUAAGACCA